CCCCAUCUCCACGUCCUGCUUCUGGCCCCACCCCUAGAAGCUAGUGUGUCCACACCCCCCUCUCUCAUUUCCAGUUUAAUGCUGGGAUUUCUCAACUUCAUCUAAUUUUUUUUCAACGCUCAGAGAAUCAGAGAAACGGCAUGGCUGGCCACCAGCAGACCAACCAGGUGGUGACAAUCACCACCAAUCAGAACCCUGGGCAGUGGAGCACCGACCUCUGUGAAUGCUGUGUUGAUAUGAACAGCUGUUGCUGCGGCUUCUGGUGUUUCCCCUGCAUGCAGUGUCAGACAGCCAGUAAACAUGGAUGGUGCUGUGCAAUGCCACUCCUGGAUGUUUGCGGCGUGGUUUCCUGCUUACUCCGUCAGUCCAUCAGAGAGCGCCACAACAUCCCUGGCUCGUUCAUCGAUGACUGCUGCAAGAUAUGUUGGUGUUACUCGUGCGUCUGGUGCCAGAUGCAUCGCGAGCUGAAGAUCAGAGAAAGCCAGCAGCCCGCCACCUCGACUGUGAUCACCACACAAGCCAUGCUGUAAACAGUUUUGCUCUGGAUCAAAGGCAUGUGUCCCAUUCAAAGCCACAUGUUUCAAUCCACUUCUGUUUUAUCUGCAUGUAACAGUCAUCUCAAAGCAUUUUGACCUCAGUUGAAUUUUGAGAGCUGUAAACUAACCUUUAAUGUAAAUUAACCUGUAGUGUGUUAUUAGCCUAGCUCACUGUCAUUCAUUGUUUGCAGAGCUAAUUUCAUGUAACAAGUAAUAAGAAUGGUUAUGCAGGGAUCCAAAUAACAGUGCUAGCUCACUGUAUUUUUGUGAGAAGCUUAUUUUGAAGUGACGAGUUUGACCUGAUCUCACCAGACAUCACCACAUUUAUCACUUUACAUCUCAUCCCGGGAAUCUCCGAGACACACCCAGGGACCCGUAUAACCUCACCUCGAUGACCUGAAAACCACUACUGUGACCAAAACAAGGGGGAACCUUUUUCUGUGUUUAAUAGUUUAAUAGAUGUGAGUUAUAUCCUUCAUUUAUAAUGGUUCACAUUUAAAAAACAUACAGCCCAACACUGCCCUCUGCAUCAGUACAGAUGUUAGCACAGCCUCCACAUUUAUGCAACUCUUGUUAUGUUCACUGUCCAGGCUGCAGUAAACCUGUUAUUUUACUUUUAAUUAUGGAGACAGUGGAAACAAUCUAUAAAUCCUUGUAGUAUGUAAACCUUUAUGCACAUAUGUUGAACUGAGACUUAGUGUUUAAACUGACCCUUUUUCUUAUACUAAGAUAGGAUUUGGUGUAUAAGAAAAAGAAACAUCUUAUUUAAACACCCAGCACCCAAAUAUUAGUAUUCAUUUAAUGGCUCUCUUGUACUCUUUAAAAUAAAUAAAAAGUCUUUUGGCAAACGUGAGUCUGUCCCUUUACACUUUUACAAGAACAGAUUUUUCACCCUCUGUAAACAUGAUGACACAAAUGCAACUGAAAAAUGCCAAAUUAAAGGUUUAUUCAUUCACAUGCUUAAACUUAUGGAAACUGUGCUUAGUUAUAGCUGAAUGUAUAGCAAUCAAAUAAAUUUCAUUUGACCAGAUACCAUUAAAUUCAACUUUUUACACCAGCCAAUAAUUUUGAAGGAACUUCAUUGGCAGUGAAAUGAGGGAAGAGUUUAUAAGCAUGGUUCUGAUGAAUCCAUUGUCUUCAGGAUCAAGAACAAAGAAGAAAUAUUUGGCACCCACUUAGAUGAUCUAAAUCAAACUACAUCCAGCUGUUGUAUUCAGACCUGGUUUCAUUGAGACAUCCCUAAAUUCUGCUCUACUGCAGUCAUUCAUCUACAUUUAACGUGUUAGUAAAAUAAAUUUGAAUGAGGGGAUUUUACUUCAGCACUUGACACCACACAACUUACUCAGCUUGGUUUGCAGUGUUUACCGACCAAACAAGCCAUGGGCCCGAAGAGACCAAUGACGACUGAGGGAUUUGAGUAAAUCAACAUGUUGCUGAACAUUCUGGCUGAGCUGUUUUAAAACAUUUUAAUUCUUUAAUCUACAGCAAAGCUUCGUGUUGAAAGGACAUUUUGCUUGUGGUUUGUUUACAUGGAACUUUGCAACUUUUAUCUCUUGUGUUUCUUGCUGUUUCUCUGAGCAUUGCACAGUCUGUCCUUGGGGUGAAUUGUUUUGUUAACAGACAUCUGAAUGCUCCGCUACUGCUUUUAUAGAGGUGCAUGACCAUAAACCCUCUGUUACAGUCCAUAGCACUUUUGCCUGAUCUUUUCUUUGUAGUGUGAUGUUAUGAAGUCAGAAAUACAGACAGGCACCACUAGAGCACAAGUCAAAAAGUUCACAGCAAGGUGGUUUUCAUAAAGUAAUAAUAAAUGAUGCACUAUAAACUGCAUAAAACUCGACACGGUCAGUAACUCUCACGCUUAACUCUCGUUUUAUUGGAACUGAACUUUUUUGGCCUUGAGUGUUUCAUCUAUUCUUAUCUAACCUGGAAUGAAAGCGUGUGUAACUGUUCGUCUUUCUCUGUCAGAGAGGUGGUUUCUUUGAAAAUUGAAAGUGAGCAGAGCCUUCAACCCACACUUGACCACUCCCGUCACAAUUUACAGUCAUAGGUUGGACUUGCUCUCAUUUUACUCAUAACUCAGAGAAGCAGAGAAAAG